CCGGCCUGGCACCCGAAUGACCGACUAUAGCUGUGGGGUCGUCGUCCUGGUGCCUGGUGGUCAUGCGAUGCAAAUAUAUAUGCAUACAAUGGAUCCCACCAUCUCGAUCAGUAGCUCAUUCACUACAAUAUAUGUAGAUAUCUGAGUCGAUCGAUCUGAUGCUCAUAGAUUUUAAGCCAAGCAAGCACAAGCAUGGCGUCGCCGAAGCACCACAAUAGUAAGCAGGCCACUAACAAGACGAAGAAGAAGCGCCCCCUGCUGCUCCGCCGUGCGAUGCUGCAUUCCUGCCUCUGCUUCCUGCUCGGUCUCCUCACCGGCCUCGCCCCUUCCGACUGGGCCGACGCCGCCAACGCCCAGGUCUUCCGGGCAGUCCGCGCCAUCAACCACACGGCAGCCCUGCUGCAGCUCAAGACGACGGCGCGCUACCUGGAAGAGCCGCACCACCCCCAGCUGCUGCUGGUGGUGACGACGACGACGGGGCUGUCGCCGGAGCGCGAGCGGCGGUCGGCGGCGCUGACUCGCACCGCGCACGCGCUGCGGCUGGUGUCCCCGCCCGUGCUGUGGCUGGUGGUGGAGGCCGCGCGGGAGGCGCCUCCCACGGCCACCCUGCUGCGCCGCACGGGGGUCGUCUACCGCCACCUCACCUACACCGACAACUUGACGUCCGACGCCUGGGAGGAGGAGCGCCACCACCAGCGGAACGUCGCGCUGGGGCACAUCGAGCAGCACCGCCUGCACGGCGUCGUCUUCUUCGCGGGCCUCGCCGACGUCUACGACCUCCGCCUCCUCGAGCAGCUCCGGCGGAUCAGGACCCUUGGUGCGUGGCCCGUGGCGACAGUGUGGGAGCAGGAGAGGAGGGUGGCCAUCCAAGGGCCCCUCUGCAGUAGCGGUGGCGCUGCUGCAUCCGCGUGGUUCUCCGCCCCCACCACCACCACCUCCGGCGCCGGCGGGGGUUUCAGCAGGCCCACGCCCCCGCUCACGUCAGAUGACUCCGUCCACGGCUUCGCCUUCGCCAGUGACCUGCUCUGGGACCCUGCCAGAUGGGACCGCUUCCCGACCACCGAGCCAGACCAGUCGCAGUUAUUCUUGUUCAGGAUUCCAUCAAGUUUGUGCAACGGUUGGUGAUGGAGGAUUACAACAAAACAAAGCCCAUCCCUGAGUAUACCAACUGUUCACAAGUCAUGGUCUGGCGUGUCGACACUACGCUCCUGCUCUUCUAGAUCGUAAUAUAACCACCACUAGCUAGCUUCAUUAGAUGCAUGCGUGUGUGUGUGUGUGUGUGUGUGUUACAGCUAGAAGUUCCAUCUAUCGUAAAAAAGAAGAGAGAAAGCAAGCACAAGGGAGAAACUUGAAAACAAAGUUGUAUGGUACGGUAUUCAUGCGGGGCCAUCGUCCUUCAUAAUAAGCAGAGUACGCUUUAUAUAUAUGCAUGUAUCAUCGGGUAUACUAUAUGCCUUCCUUUAGGAUGUGAUGUCGAUAGACAGAGAAAGCAGAGAGAAUUGCAUCA